AUGGCGCGCUUCCGCGUCCCCUUCGCCAACCUCCCCAUCCCGCCAGCCCUCCGCGUCCUCCCGGCGCCGACCAUCCGCAUCAUCACUCUCCUCGUCACAAUCAACAUCAUAAUAUGGAUCGUUACCGGCAUCAUCCUACACUUCCACCCCUCCCUCAUCUCCCCAGCAGCCCUCUCCUACGUCCUCGGCCUCCGCCACGCCCUCGACGCGGACCACAUCUCCGCCAUUGACCUCAUGACCCGCCGCCUCAUCGCCUCAGGCCAGCGUCCCGUGACGGUGGGAACCUUCUUCUCUCUAGGCCACAGCACAAUCGUCAUCGUCACCUGCGUCGUCGUAGCUGCCACGAGCGGCGCGCUGCGGGACCGCUUCGACGGCUUCACGCGCGUGGGGAAUAUCAUCGGCACGAGCGUCAGCGCGGCAUUCUUGCUGCUUCUUUGUGCCGGGAACGGGUGGGUGCUGUAUAAACUCAUCCGGAGGCUGACGGCCGUGCUGGAGGAGGAGAGACGACGCGGGUUGGAGGGGUACACGCCUACCGAGGAGGACGAGGGCGAUGCGGCGACAGAUCUCAAGUUGGAGGGCGAGGGGUUCCUGGCGAAUGUGUUUAGAAAGGUUUUCCGUGUCGUUGACCGGCCUUGGAAGAUGUUUCCUUUGGGGAUUCUAUUUGGUUUGGGUUUUGAUACGAGUUCCGAGAUUGCUAUUCUCGGGUUGUCGAGUGUGCAUGCCGGCAUGUGCAUGCUUGACACAACGGACGGCGCCCUCAUGAUGGCCCUCUACACCUCAAAGGCCUUCUCGCGCGACCGCGUCGCCAUCCUCUACUACUCCAUCGUCCUCACAGGCAUCACAGUCUUCGUCUCGGCCUUUAUCGGAAUCAUCCAGGUACUGUCUCUCAUCGCCAACGUCGCCGAGCCCGAAGGUAGUUUCUGGGAUGGCGUCGACGCGAUCGGAGAGCACUUUGACAUCAUUGGCGGCAGCAUCUGCGGCCUCUUUGUCGUUGUCGGGCUCGGUUCGGUAGUGGUGUAUCGACCCUGGAGGAAGAGUGUCGAUAAGAAGAAUCAGGAGAGAGCUGUGCUCGUGUCUGAAGAGGAGAGAGGAUUGGGGACGGGUGAAGGGCCGAGUUACGGUGCCGUCGAGCCCGGCGAGCCUAUCUUGAAGAAGGGAGCUAUGACAACUGAGAGUGAUGUGCAACAGUAG